AUGUCGGACCAACACGGCGCGGACGAGCUCCGCGCCACGUUCCAGUCCAUGGGCAUUCACCUCUCCGCUCGAUGGUUCGCCGACUGCGCAUCGCACUUGGCGACCGCGAACCCUGGGUACCGAUCGUGGGAUUCCAAGCGCAAGGUGGACGAGGCGUACCUCCAGUUCCUCGAGGCGGACAUGAACGCCUCGGGCGAGGGAUGCGUCCCACCCGACGGGCUCCUCUCGCUCCCCACGGAGAAGGUCUUCGACGCGUCCAACGCGAGCGCGGGAAUUGGAAACGACGGAGGGUUGGACGUCGCGCAUCGGCGAGUCUGGCGCGGGCGAUUCGUGCUGCAGUGCGACGAGAUUCUCAACGUCGCGUCGUCGUUCCACGACCGCUACUCCGAGAAACGCGCGGGCGACGAUCGCACGCUCAAGCUCUCCAUGACGGACGGUAAGCAGCGCGUCGUCGGGUACGAGUACAGGCCGUGCGAUUCCCUCCACGUCCUGGCCCCAGCGGGGAUGAAAGUCGCGGUGACAGACGCCGAGGUGGGCGCCGACGGGUUUCUCUACCUCCGACCGGAGAACGUCACCGUGCUGGGCGGGAGCGUGCCGCGGCUGGAGGAUGCGAGGCGGAGGGUGGUGACGAAGUGGUCCGAGCCGAACAGGCCGGUCGGGGGGGGGGGACGCGACCGGGAGGAAGCCGCGAGGUUCGCGGCUUGGAACGAAAACGGGGUGCCCACCCCGGAGCCGAGGAUGAACGAGCCGAGGCCCGAGCCUGCCGCCGCGCCCGCGCCCGUCGUCGCCCACCCCGCUAUCGAUCUCGCCGCCGAUGACGAUGAGAAGGAGGAGGGGGAGAAGAUGGGGGAGGAGAUGGGAGAGGAGGAUCCCGGACGGGACGCCGCGAAGGACGUCGAGAGAAAUCGCCAGGCGGAGGAUGACUUGCCGAAAACGUCGCCGCCGAAGGGGACCCCGCCGGGCCGGGUGAGGAAACGGAGGGCGGUGUACAUACCCGACAGCGACGACGACCCGACGCAGAGCGGUGCGGUCCCGUCCCUGCCCUCGCAAAGGCCCCCCGCGCCCGGCCCCGUCCCCGUCGCGAGUAAAACGGCUCCGUCGCCGGCGCCGUCGCGGGGCCCGCCGCCAGAGUGGGCGACCAACCUCGCCCGGUCCCCUCCGUUCACGUACAUCGCCGCGUUCACCCUGCUGCAGCGACGCACCGGACCCAGACCCGCGGGCGUGGCGUUCAACGGCGUCGCGGUGACGCUGCACUGCCGGUGCGCCGCCGUGGGCGCGCUGGAGAUCGCGGCCGAUCCCUCGGGUGGGGGUAAAAUUUUUCGGCUCGAGGUGACGCUGGACGACGGCACCGGCGCCGUGCGCGGCGAGCUCACGAACGAGUGCGUCGUUCGCCUGUUCGGGGGAGCGUCCGCAUCGACCGGCGGUACCACGGCGUCCGCGUUCGAGGCGUCGAACACCGAGGAUAAGGCGCGUCGGGUGGAGUGGCUUCGACGUUUUUUACUCGCCUUUUGCGGCCGAGCGCUGCUGCGGGUGAGCAUGCACGACGACGACGCGCCGGUGUCGGUUCGUCGGAUGCAGGGACCGGACGACGCGUUCGGCGCGAAGGAUGUCGCCACGCUGGGGCAGAGGUACGAGAAAUUGUCGGCGUCGCUUCGACCGAGGUGA